CCCCGCUGAACGGGUCCGGCGAGGCGGUCGUGAUCUGCGUGAGGCAGCGCGGAGAUGGUGUGAACCGCAGGGGCGUCAGUUUUCUCAGACUUUUCUCCGUCAGCGAGGGGGAGGCUGGAAAAAGCACCCGCACAGUCACAAUGUGGAAACCCACCGGGGGACCGAGAAGCUCCCUCGCCUCGGCGGCGGGGCACCGCGCCGCUGCUUCCGCGGUCACCUGUCUGCUCGUGACCGGGAUGCUCGUCGUCACCGUCGGACACCCGAGCAGCGGGCGCCCGGAGGCGCCUCCGGCCGCGGCGACCGGCGGGAAAGUUUUCUCGGCGUAUUUCAGGAGACUGACCCGGGAGAGGAGAGCGAUCAGCGGCCCCCCGCGGAGCGCCGCUCCCCCCGGGCCGGCGGAGCAUCUGACCCCCGCUGACCUGUUCAUAGCGGUGAAAACAACCGAGCGGUAUCACCGGCAGAGGCUGGAGCUGCUGCUGGACACCUGGAUCUCGAGAAACAUGCAACAGACGUACGUGUUCACCGAUGGAAAGGACGAGGAGCUGAGGAAAAGGAUGGGGGCCUACCUGAUCAACACCAACUGUUCAGCGGCCCACAAUCGUCAGGCCCUCUCCUGUAAAAUGGCUCUGGAGUACGACACCUUUAUCACCUCUGGCAAGAAGUGGUUCUGUCAUGUCGAUGAUGAUAACUACGUGAACGUCGGCUCCCUCCUGAAACUCUUGUCUCAGUACAGUCACACGCAGGACGUUUACAUCGGCCGGCCCAGCCUCGAACGACCAAUAGAGGCCACAGAGAGGCUCGGCACCGCUGAAAUGAAGCAGGUGCGCUUUUGGUUCGCCACAGGAGGAGCAGGGUUCUGUCUGAGCCGUGGCCUCGCUCUCAAGAUGAAACCCUGGGCGAGCGACGGCACUUUCAUGGCGACUGCUGAGCACAUUCGCCUCCCUGACGACUGCACUGUUGGUUACAUCGUGGACGCGCUGCUUGGUGUGGGCCUCAUCCGCUCGGCUUUGUUCCACUCCCACCUGGAGAACCUGGGACUGGUUUCAGACAUACACAACCAGGUUACUCUCAGCUACGGCACUGUGGAAAACAGCAGAAACGCUGUCAAUGUGAAAGGCCCAUUUUCAGUUAAUGAAGAUCCUACAAGGUAA